AUGAUGAAAGUGUCCAUUGCCAUUAUUGUGCUGUUUGUGACAAGACUGGAUGAAUCAUUUUUGUUAACCAACGUCGGCGACUUGAGCCUCGGUAGUAUAUUAUGUUGUUGUCAGCCUCAGCAAGUCGAACAGACUACGACUGUAGCAGCAACAACGACAACAACUUCUACUGCUGCUCCAACUACCGUGUUAACCCCAAUUCUCGUACCCAUUUAUUGUCCGUGUCCUCAACCGCAACCUGUUCAAGCAACACCUCCACCAGCACCUCCCCUCGCACAAGAACGGGUUACGCAAACGAUAUCGCUAGCAGAUCUGCUGUCACAGCUACAAGCAGCAAGCACCACCACCACAACACCUUCAUCUCGUGACAUACAUAUCCACCUCAAUGUCAACUGUAGCAAUGGUGGCACCACUACUCCCAAUGCAACAGAUUGUCCAAGAUGGUGGUUCUGUCCGUCUAAUGUAUGUACUUCAGAUUAA